GCGUUGCAUAUCCAAUGAGGCUCCGGGUGGCUGCCCCACUGCAAAUAAAGGGAGAUAACGGGCGGUGAAAGCGGCUGAAAACGUUUUAUACUGACAUGUUAGAGCAAUGACUUUUGCGUAACCGCGUAAAAUCUGGGACUAGACUCCCAGCACGAGGAUGAUAUAGGGUUCUUACGGGAAGAGGAACACGAAACGAUUGCCACGGCCCAGUGGGGAAAAGAAAACGGCGAAUCUGUUGAAGUUUAUAAAGAGAGUGAGCGACAGAGUGAGCAGGAUUCUCAAAUUGAAAGCAAUCCAAAAACAUAGCUGCGGUGGAAGAGCGAGUGUACCCAUUUGAAAGAUGAGCUUGAUGUCUGCCAUAGACACCAGUGCCUCCGUGUACCAGCCUGCGCAGCUACUGAAUUGGGUAUAUCUCUCUUUGCAAGACACUCACCAGACCAGCGCUUUUGACGCCUUUAGACCCGAACCCAACUCUUCCCACCCGGAGCUGAACUACUGCAAGACUCCUGCGGCAGACCUGAGCUCGUCCCUCAACUCCAACUAUCUCAACAACUUUUUUCAGCUCCAGCGGAAUGAGGCGUUGAAUAACAGCGUGUAUAAGAAUGUCUCGCCAUACGGCUCACUCAACAACAUCGUUGAUGGACUCAACACCCUGACAGACCACUUCUCCGACCUUUCCCUCUCCUCAGAGUCCCGCAAGCCAAGUAAGAGACCCCCGCCCAACUACCUGUGCCACCUCUGCUUCAACAAGGGCCACUACAUCAAAGACUGCCCCCAGGCAAGGCCUAAAGGCGAGGGUCUAACUCCGUACCAGGGGAAGAAGAGGUGUUUUGGAGAGUACAAAUGUCCCAAGUGUAAGAGGAAGUGGAUGAGUGGCAACUCCUGGGCCAACAUGGGACAAGAAUGUAUCAAGUGUCACAUCAACGUCUACCCACACAAGCAGCGUCCGUUGGAGAAGCCUGAUGGCCUGGACGUCUCAGACCAGAGUAAGGAGCACCCUCAGCACCUGUGUGAGAAAUGCAAAGUCCUGGGCUACUACUGCCGAAGAGUGCAAUAAUACCUUACUAACCUGAACCCUCUAAUUUCCUCAAAAAGAGAGGAACCAUUUCGUGACCCUCUCCUCCUCCUCCGUCAGAGAGAAACCUAGCAACCCUCCUGUACUGCCUUCCCAUUUGCCUCUUCCCCCUCCUGGGAAAGAGCGGAACCUCACUGUCCUCACCAAUACUGCCUCCCUUGCCUCCCCUCCUUCUCAUCCUUUCCCACCCUCUUCACAUCACCUCUCCUCUCCCCCAUCACCUCUCCCUCCCCUAUCAUCUCUACCUCCCCUCUCCCCAUCACCACUCCCUCCAUCACCUCUGCCUCCCCUCUCCCCAUAACCUCUGCCUCCCCUCUCCCCAUCACCUCUCUCUCCCCUCUCCCCUCCAUCACCUCUACCUCCCCUCUCCCCAUCACCUCUCCCUCCCCUCUCCCCAUCACCUCUCCCUCCCCUCUCCCCAUCACCUCUCCCUCUCCUCUCCACCAUCACCUCUACCUCCCCUAUCACCUCCCCCUCCCCAUCACCUCUCCCUCCCCUCAUCACCUAUACCUUCCCCCUCAUCACCUCUACCUUCCCCCUCAUCACCUCUAACUCCCAUCUCCCCCAUCACCUCUCCCUCCCUUCUCUCUCCCCAUCACCUCUCCCUCCAUUCUCUCUCCCCAUCACCUCUCCCUCCCCUCCCUCCCCAUUACCUCUCCCUCCCAUCACCUCUCCCUCUCCUCCCUCCCCAUCACUUCUCCCUCCCCAUCACUUCUCCCUUCCCUCUCUCUCCCCAUCACCUCUCUCUCCCCUCUCCCUCCCCCAUCAUCUCCCAUCUCUGAAUUAGCUGGUAAACAUUAUUUUGCAGAGGUUUGUCACUAAGCUCAAUUCCUGUCCUUUUCCUAAUGGCAAGGGCAUGGGAGAAACUGAUCAAAGAACUGUGCAAGGAUAAACCUCAGCCCUGACAGGGCCUUGUGGCCUUGUGUACCCUAGCCUAAAAACCAUGUAACCGACAUCCAAUGUGUGUAUAAUAUGAUAUUGUUGUCACUGACAGUAUUGCCCACCCCUUGGGGUUUUAUUCCCUCACUUUGGAAGUCUGUUGGUUUUGUGUUUACAGAAGAGUUCUGCCUUAAUUUUCCCUGUCAAGUGAAGUGUGUGGGGAGCAUUAAAACAGACAGAGACAGGCCUUCUAGUGAUGCUAAAGUAAUUAUCGUCAUGGGCUCAAGUCGGGAUCAAGGGGUCAAUGUCGGGGGCAAUGUCUGGGUCAAAGGUCAACUUAUACAUGAAUAACUGUGAAUUAAUUAUGAAUUGAUUAUUGAUUGAUUAACUGAGGGAUACCGUACCAAACAUCCCUGGCUUACAUGUUACUUGUGGCGUAUUUAUUAUUUGUCGUCCGUUUGUCUGUUGUGCAAUUUUUUAUUGAUUUAAACUGGGACAUAUAUAUGUGUGUGUGUAAGUGUAUGUGUAUGUGUGUGUGUGUGUGUGUGUGUGUGUGUGUGUGUGUGUGUGUGUGUGUGUGUGUGUGUGUGUGUGUGUGUGUGUGUGUGUGUGUGUGUGUGUGUGUGUGUACACUAUAUGUAUUUGUGUAUGUUUGUAUAUCAAAGUAUUAUUGUGUAACUGCUUCCACUUGUCUUUAGAAACGACUGUAGGUUGAGAUAGAGUCGUUCUUCGUUUAGGUGUAGUACAGUGAUAAUAACGUUGAUGUUUCGUAUUAAACAAGCUGUGCAUUUACAUCGGCAAUGAAAGUAGGGUAUUAUUUAGGUAUUCAUCGAAUUGACAAGAUUUUAACAUUUGCCUGUCAAAAGUCAACUAUGCAAUAACAGCAGUUUCUGUGAUGAUAAAGGCUGGAUAUCUAGUUUCUCUUAGCCAAUAUCCCCUUCAUAUUUAGACUCUUAAGUAUUAGGUUCAAUCUAUCGGCAAUGCUGUAGUCUUAUUUCCCUACCUAAUUUGACAGUUUACUUCCAAACAAUCAUUUUAUUUUUGUAAUGAGUUUCUUGAAAAGUAAUCCCGUCCUGCACUGUAUGUAAGCAAACAAUAGUCUUAUUCAGGACUGCACUUCAGCAGUGUUAUGUCUGGCCAGCAUUUACAACUCAUCUAUUUGGUGUAGGAUGCCAGGAGAUUGACAUAGUUGAUUACAACUGGUAUUUCAAAUGGUAUAUAGAUAAGUACUCAUUAUACAUUUCAAAGUGUUUUUUUAAUAUCCCUAUUGCAAUUGCAAAUUUUUGCAAUCUUUUGUAGGACACACAGCUGACCAAUAGAGCUGUUGCGAUCUUGUAACGCUACUUUAAGACAGUUUGACCCAGAAAUAUAUCAGUGAAUCUUACUAAUUUCUGUUUCCAAGGGGUUUAACCCCUUCAUAAUGUGUCAAACAAGUGACAGCAGUAAAUUAUGUCUGGAGAAAAGAGAGAUGGGGGAUGGAGGUAAGAUUGCUAUAAUGGUUGGUAAAGGAGAAAGAAGUGGAGAAGUGGAAAUGUUGUCUUGUAACAAAAUGGACGUUUGUAUUUUAUCAGAGGACGUUUUGUAAGUGUGGUGAUGGAUUAAGUUUAUGUUUCUGUGUGUUUGAUUCCACAUCCUAUCAUGAUUUAAACGUUAAAUCGUGUCUUUAAUAGAAGAGACGUAACUAACCAUUACCUCUGUUUACAAAGAUAUAGGUCUAUACUUUCAACUUUAUAGUUGGAGGACCUAGAGUGAAGAAUAUUUUUGAUCCAACAUUUUGUAAUAGUGGGUAUAGUUGUAUCUUAGCAAUGAAGGCUAUUGACACUCUUGGAACAUGUUAUUUUGUGAGUAUAGUUGAAGAGAAGUUUGCUACCACUGUUCAAAGCGGAGGUGUAUUUUUCAAAUCAAACACAUUGGCUUCUCCAAUAUUUAGAACGUGUUUAAUGGCUCUAUAAAGGUUGAAUUCAUAGUUGUAAAUUUUCUAUUAUCCGAAAAGUACUAGUGCCUUGUAAAAAGAGAAUAAUUAUUUUGAAAAAUUGGACGGAAAAUGAAUAAAAAGGAGAUUUGAACUUAGUUUGGAGCUGUAAUUAACUCAUGGCUAGAAGUAACUGUUAGGUAGUGUUUUGCCAAGUCUGAUGCUGGUUCAAGAUGUGAAUACAUAUGGGAAAACAAUACUAUUACCCCAUUAGCAAUGAGAACUGGCUAAUGUUUUCCUCAACACCAUUUUGUUGAGUUUGGACGCAGUAACUAAAGCAUCUGGCAAAAAUCACACACACUGUAGUUAGUCUGUUGUCAUGGAAUCAACAACAAUGUUAUUUUGUAGUCAGUACACUAAUGUGAAUGAGGUUUGCACUAAAAGCUGUAGACCUCAUCCUCGUUCUUUUAACUUUGGCCGGGAUUCAAUAUGAUAUGGUUUGUGGCUUUUAAAGGCCAUUUCCGAUUGAGUCGACAUAUACAGCGUUUAUUGUGAAUGGGAUCUCCGCGAACGAGGGAACAUUGCCUUUUAAAAGCUGCAAUGCCUUUAACCCGCGAUCGGAUUGAAUCCCAGCCUUUCGCUUUUUGAGAUAGUCUGUUUAUGACUUAUUGAUUGAUUCAACACACACAAGUAUGAGCUUGGUCUGUAAUCUUUCAUUCAAUGUGUGGAUACAGAACAAUGCAUUAAGCAUAAUUUGUUACAACUUGGACCAUCACACUCAGUUGGUGUUAGUUACAUGUAUGUGGGGAGGUGAAGCCUGGUUCCAGAUUUGUUGGUGCUUUCUUGCCAACCCCUAUAGUCAUUGUCACAGCACAAUCACAUCUGGAAUCAGGUUACAGGAUAGUAGCCUACUCAUUAAAUAUUAGGCUAGAAAUCAAAUCAAAUGUAAUUAGUCACAUGCGCUGAAUACAACAGGCGUUCACCUUACAGUGAAAUGCUUACUUACAAGCCCCUAACCAACAAUGCAGUUAAAAAAACAUGGAUAAGAAUAAGAAAUAAAAGUAACAAGUAAUUAAAGAGCAGCAGUAAAAAUAACAAUAGCGAGACUAUAUACAGGGGGUACCAGUACAGAGUCAAUGUGCGGGGGCGCCGGUUAGUUGAGGUAAUAUGUACAUGUAGGUAGAGGUGUAUAUAUAGUGGUUGGGAGAUGUAGCAUAGCCAUUCUAUGGAUAUUUUAUUAUUAUCAUCUGAACAAAAAGGGGCUUGGAAGGAAAGAAUAGUCGACCAUAUUUGAUGUGAAUUGUGUAUUGAUACACAGGGGUUUCAUUCAUUGAUUACAGGUCAUAGUAGAUUAUUAUUUUCUCCCCACAUAACGUUGGGAUCAAUUCUAUCUUUUCACUACAACUGAGCAGAACACUGCUGCUAUCCAAACAUGACCAUAUAUUCUGGUCUAGGCUUUAUUUGCUUCACAACAGCAGUGUAUCACUAUAUGUUUCCAUUAGCCGUUUCCAUUAGCUUGGGUAUUAGCCAACUAAACCAAAAGUGCUAAUACUGAUCAAAAUUAAUACACAGUAGGCUUAUGAGUGCUCUGACUUUUAAGGAAUACAAUGAUAAGAAUAUCCUUAAGAAUAUAAGAAAUAUCUUGAAGAAUAUAAGGAAAAAUCAGCUGAGAUAUUUUUGGAGGAUAGUCUGAUUCCGACCAGACAAGUUUAUGAAGAAGAAGCCAUGUGUUUGAGAUGGCAUAUAAUACGAGCUAAUGGAAGCAGUUAAUACAUUGUGUUAUGCAUUUUAAAUAUGCAGUAUACAAAUACUUUUUCAGAUGUGUUUUUUGUCCUGAAUUUACAUAUGGAUUUGUUAUUUUCUAUGAAAGAUGUGUAUUUUGGAAUAAACUUUAUAGAUGUUACAUUUUCUAAGCAAUUUGCUAAAGAAAACAACCCAAGAGUUAUUUUUCCCAGAAAAUUAUAUUUAGCAAAUGAUUUUUAUAUGUAUAUAUUAGAUGGCCAUCAUCUUAAAGGAUCUUAGAUCUGAAAUGUUAUGCAGCUUUGAAGCUUUCUAUGUGAAAAAGGGCCUAUAUAAAGCUUUGAGACAAAUAAAGCUUUGAGUUUUUCAUUGAUGUUUUACAAUGAUCUGAGGGGUUUAUCCUACAGAAAUAUUUAUGGGAAGAGUUUUUACAAUACUUUUUUUGUAUAAAAUACGCAACAAAGUUAUACUAAGAAGGAAAUAUUGAUGUCUACAUAGAUUACUAUUAAAAAAAGUUGGUACAUAAUUAUUAAUACCCUUCACUAAAUGAUAAGCCAUUUUGUUUUUUAUGUGUUUUGUUUUGAGUUUAGAAAUGUUAUCAUCAGUAUUAAAUAACCCAGAAUGAUACCCAAGUGCUUUAACUAAUAUGCCUAUGAGUUGCCAUUUGUGUCCUUUGAGUAGCAUGCAUUCAUGUUUUAUUACGAGUAUUACCUUAUUAAGGAAAUGGCAGACAUAAUUACCAAUGUUUUGUUAUUCAAGUUCUAUAUAAUUGAUUAAGAUCUUACUAGGUUGCGCAAUAAUACUGUUAACAUGCAGAAUAGAUCUUUUUGUUAUAUCUUAGUGACUGAUACUCUCCACUGUAUAUGCACAUUCAACUGUGAGUUGUAGUUUGCUCAAAGCAGCUACAAGGCACUUCUCUGAAAUGUUAUGUUUUUAUUCAUAGUUUAGUACAGAGAGUGUAAUUUACUUCUGUUAAGCAAGUGUGUGAGACAAAACACUAUUGUAGAAUUUGCAUGUGCAUGUGUUUUGCUUUUAAAUGGAAAAAUAAGUAUUACUUUGUGCAAUGUAUUUAAUUUUAGCACAGUAAUGUAGUGGGCUACAUCGGACGUGUGCAAAAUGGCACCCUAUUCCCUUUAUAGUGCACUACUUUCGACCAGGGCCCAUAGAGGGCUCUGAUCAAAAGCAGUACAUUAUGGAGAAAAUAGGGUUCCAUUUGGGACUCUUAGCAUUCUCAACAACUUCUAAUUGAUUGUUACUAGUCAUAAAAAUGUAUAAUUGACCGAUAGUGUGUACCAAUUAAUACAUACUGACUGAAUGUGCUGUUUUAACACUUACGUGGUCAAUUAGACGUUGAUGUUUAUGUUCUUUGAUGUCUGUAACAUUUUGAGAUUGUAAUGCUAUUGUCGAAUUGGUGUGAGUGAGUUGGAUGAUGACUGGGAGGAUGAUGACUGGGAGGUUGUUGUGGAAACAGAAAAUAACACUUCUGUUGCAUCACGUCCAUGAAACGGCAUUCCAAAAUGUGCCUUAUUUGUUAGUUAGGAAAACAAAAAACGACUUUAGUGCUUUAGUACUAUUAGGUGUUGUGAUGAAUAAAAUAAAUGUUGAAUUGGAAA